CUAAAUCGCAAAGGUAAUUUCCAAUGCAUAGACCGAUAUAGACUUAAGGGAUCGGCACAGGAAGCACAAAGAUAAAGUUCAUCAAAACCUAAGGUUGGAGAGUGUCAGGAAAAAGUUCGUGAGAAGAAAUAUAAGAGAAGCAUCGGAGAUUGGCUCAUUGGAGUUUCAUGUUUUACAAUUCGUAAAAGUGAGCGCAAUUUCAGCUUUGGACGUUCACAUCCAGCUGUUAUGGACAUGGUGAUCACCAAUUUGCAACAGCAACGUCAAGUAACAGAGCAGUUACGCCGUGAGGCUGCUCUGAGACGUAUCACAGUAAGCAGAGCUGUCGAGGAUAUCAUGAAGUACAUUACCGAGCAUGAGCAGGAAGACUGCCUGCUGGUGGGCUUCUCAUCGCAGAAGUCCAAUCCCUUUCGUGAGAAAAGCACCUGCCUCAUACUUUAAGCCAGCAUGUUUGAAAUGAAGGAAGCAACUGUAUAGAUACUCUUUUUGGUUUGGAUGGACCAGCGCAGUUGUCUGCAUCGUCAUAUGUAUUUUUAAACUUGGAUACCACAUCUGCGAGUUUUUUAGAAGUUUUUAAAACUGAAAACAAACAGCACGAAUUUAUAAUCCGGUAUAAAUCUGCUUUCGAAAUAAUGGCUUCAUGUAUUU